GGCAGUUUACUGGCGGCGUGGACGGGCCGCAGUAAUGGCGGAGGCUGACGGAGACCUGGACCUGGAGAAUGAGGAGAGCGAGCGGCCUGCGGAGAAACCCCGCAAACACGACAGCGGAGCCGCCGACCUGGAGCGGGUGACCGACUAUGCGGAGGAAAAGGAGAUUCUCAGCUCGGACCUGGAGACGGCAAUGUCUGUCAUUGGAGACAGAAGAUCCCGGGAACAGAAAGCUAAACAGGAAAGGGAGAAAGAAUUGGCAAAAGUGACCAUCAGGAAGGAGGAUGUUGAACUGAUUAUGAAUGAAAUGGAGAUCUCUCGGAGUGCAGCAGAGCGUGGCUUACGAGAGCACUUGGGAAAUGUCGUUGAAGCCUUGAUAGCUCUCACUGACUGAGGUCACAGUGCUUGACCUGAGACACUUCUGGAGAUGUUUGGGAAGGGGAUGGGGGUGGGAAUGAAUCCAAAGAGAUUGCAGCAAAAUGGAAUGGAAGCGGAGGUCCACCUUCUGUGCAACUGCUGCCUGCUGUUUGGUGACGGGACUGGGAUGGUUUCAGUGAAAUGAAUGCUUCACUACUGAAGAUCCAACACUGACAUCCUGAGGAUGGGUGCAAUGCUCCAAAUCGGAAAGGAAAUAAAAGACUCCACUUGAACCAAUAAACCUGAGCUCAUUACUCAAA